UCCCGCCCCCCCCUUAAAAGCACUCAAAAGCGUUUGCUCCAAGCUCUUUCGGAGUGCAGAAGGGGAGAGGCCAAAACAAUUCAACUGACAAGAGACAAAAACUCAGUUCAGGUCUGAAAACGGUUUCUCAGCCGCAGCAUGACAAGUCUUUCUGCAGACUUCACUAAAAGAAAAGAAAAGGCCAAACCCAUCGAGCCGGACAAGGUGAAAGAACAACAGGAGAUUCUUGUUACCCCUACAGCAGACGUAGAGCAUCACCCUCGUCCUCUUCUCCCGUUUCUGUCUCAUUACUAAUCACCAACGAUAUAAAGAUGAAUGGGUGUGGAUCUUCAGCACCCAGUUCUGUUUCUGUGACAAGUCGACACUCCAAAGAUUAUCCUCCAGAAUUCAAACCACCAAGAAAAAGAAAGAGGACAUCUGAGGAGUUAUCAACAUACAGCUUUGUGUCUCGGAGGACGGAUCACUCCAAAGAUUAUCCACCAGAAUUCAGCAAUCAACCCGUCCAGCCAAAAUUUCCUAAAAUCAGGAAGAUGAUGAAACCUCCGGGAGAACCGACAUCUUCUACCGCCAGUUUUGUUUCUGAGAAGAGUCACCACUCCAAAGAUUAUCCGCCAGAAUUCAGCGAUGAACCCUUCAUAAAAAAAAAAUGUGUGCUCAAACAGGUCUUUGAGUCUCAGACCAUGGACUUCUUAAAGCAAGCUCUGAGAACACAUGAAGAAUUGUUUAAGGAGAAGCAAGAGGACGAAUAUGAUCAACAGCAUGAGAUUGAUGAUGAAACUAAGGAAGCUGCUAUGAAGAUUGCCCUGCAUGUUCUGAGGACCAUGAAGCAGGAUGAAUAUGCCCACACACUCGAGCAAAGUCAUUAUGGGGUAACUGCAAUGUACCAAAAGAUACUUAAACCUGACCUGAAGAAGAAAAAUGAGUGCCUACUGGAAAAUACGCAUAAGUGGCCGGUGCCUCUUCAAAAGAUUUAUACAGAGAUCUAUCUGAUAGAAGGAGACAGUGCAGAUGUCAACCGUGAACAUGAAGUCAGACAAGUUGAAGCAGCAUUCAACAAACGGAAAUCUUUUGAAAUAAAGAUCAGGUGUGAGAACGUCUUCAAGCCCUUACCAAACCAACUGGCCAAACCAAUCAGAACUGUGCUCACCAAGGGGAUAGCAGGCAUUGGCAAAACUGUGUUGACACAGAAGUUCAUGUUGGACUGGUCAACAGAGAAGGCCAAUCAAGACAUCCAACUCCUGUUUUCACUUCCUUUUAGGGAGCUGAAUUUGUUGAAAAAUGAAACAAGAAGUUUGAUGGAGCUCCUGUAUGACUUCUCUCCAGGCCUAAAAGAAUCUGGAAUCACAGACCUGACUAAGUGCAAAGUUCUGAUUGUACUGGAUGGUCUUGAUGAGUGCAGACUCCCUCUGGAUUUCAAUGAACCUGAGAACUGUUGUAAUGCAUCACAGUCAGCUUCAGUUCAGGUGCUGCUGACAAACCUUAUUGCAGGUCACCUGCUUCCACAAGCUUAUCUGUGGAUAACUACCCGUCCUGCUGCAGCGAGCUGCAUCCCUGGACGGUAUGUCGACCGCUUGACUGAGAUACGAGGUUUCAACAGACAGCAGAAGGAGGACUACUUCCUGAAGAAAAUUGACGAUGAAAACUUGGCCAAAAGAGUUAUCGCAAACAUUAAGUCAACAAGAAGUCUGUACAUCAUGUGCCAUGUGCCAGUGUUUUGCUGGAUUUCCUCUAUUGUCCUAGGGGAAAUUUGUGCACAAGUAGGAGGAGGAAAAAUGCCAAAGACCUUGACUCAGAUGUACAUCCACUUUCUGGCCCAUCAAACUGCACAGAUUUAUGUCAAGUACGACAAAGAGCAACAACUGGACCCUCAAGGGAAUAACAAGGUGGUAAUGUCACUUGGAAAGUUAGCCUUUGACCAGCUGGAGAAAGGAAACCUGAUCUUCUACGAGGAAGAUCUUAGAGGUUGUGGUAUUGAUGUUGAUGAAGCAUCUGUCUACUCCGGAGUGUGCACUCAAGUCUUCCGGGAAGAGUCCUGUAUGCAGACUAAAGUGUUCUGUUUUGUGCACCUGUCUGUCCAAGAGUUUCUCGCUGCUCUGUACGUCCAUGUCAUGUACACAGUCAACAGUGUAAACCUUAUGGAGAAAAACCAGAUCAAAAUCAAACUGAUAUCUGAAUUGCACAAAGCUGCAGUGAAUAAAGCCUUAGAGAGUGACAAAGGCCACCUGGAUCUCUUCCUGCGUUUCCUCCUUGGACUCUCCUUGGAGUCCAAUCAUGUUCUGCUCAAAGACCUGAAGAUUCAGGUAAAACCCUUCGAUCCCAAAAGUCAUGAGAAAACCAUCAAGUACAUCAAGGGGAAAAUAAAUCUCUCUGAACCAGAGAGGUACAUCAAUCUCUUGCACUGUCUGAAUGAGCUAAACGACCACUCUCUGGUGGACGAGAUCCAGAACCACCUGGAUUCAGACCGAGACAUGGACACAAACAAGUGGUCUGCAGUUCAGUGGGCAGCUCUGGUCUUUCUGUUGCUGACUUCACCGGAGAAGCCAGAAGAGAUCAUCCUGAAGAAAUACUCCAGAACACAAGGGGGUCUUCAGAAGCUCCUUCCAGCCAUCAAAGCAUGCAGAUCAGCAAAGUUGAAUGAUUGUAAUCUUACUGCAGACUGCUGCCAGGAUCUGUCCUCCAUUCUAAGCUCAAGCUCAAAUGAACUUAAUCAUUUGAAUUUAAGUGACAACAGAUUACAAGACUCAGGAAUCAAGCUUCUCUGCACAGGACUCCAGAGCCCAAACUGCAGACUGAAGACACUGAGGCUAAAUCGAUGUGAUCUGACAAAGUCAUGCUGCCAAGAGUUCGCUUUAGUCCUGAGCCGUCCCACUUCAGAUCUGAGAGAGCUGGACCUGAGUGACAACAACAUUGAAGACUCAGGAGUAAAGCUGCUCUCUAAAGGACUGGGAAAUGUUGGCUGUAAACUUGAAACCCUCAGGUUGUCGUUCUGUAACAUCACGGAGAAAGGAUGCAGUUUCUUGGCCUCAGCAGUAAAGUCCAACCCAUCCAACUGGAGCGAGCUGGACCUGAGCUACAAUCACCUCGGAGAAUCAGGAGUGAGGCACAUUUGUGACGCUCUUGAGGAGGGACGAUGUGAAUUAAACAAACUCAGAGUGGAUCACAGAGCAGAACACUGGUUUAAACCAGGACUGAGAAAAUAUGUAUGUGAGCUUACAAUCGAUCUUAAAACUGCUCACAAACGUCUCGUCGUCUCUGAUGAAGACCGUAAAGUUAGCCAAGCCAGGAAGGAGCAGCCAUAUCCAGAUCACUCUGACCGGUUUGACUACUGGCCCCAAGUCCUGUGCAAGGAGGGCCUUAGGAACCGUUGUUACUGGGAGGUGGAGUGGGAAGGAAAAUGGAUUGGCAUCGGAGUGGCCUACAAGAACAUGAAACGCAAAGGGCAGGACAACGACUGUGUGAUGGGGUACAACAGAAAGUCCUGGAGUCUGCACUGCUCUAGUAAAGGCUACCGCGCUUACCAUAACUUUGAGAGUAUCGUCGUUGGUGUCCCUUUGGCCGGUUGUCGUGGACUGGCUGUUUAUCUGGACUGGAAGGCAGGCAUGCUGUCCUUCUACAGAGUUUCUUCUGGAAGGUCGCUGACACACCUGCACACCUUCUCCACAGAAUUCACAGAGUCUCUCUACCCAAUCUUUAGAGUGUGGGGAACGGACUCGUCUGUGAGGCUGUGCCAGGUGAAAUAACCAACCAAUGAAAAGACUGAUUGAGGAAUUUACACAAGAAAGCAAAGAAUGACAAGUCCAUCUUUUUUUGCAUUUUGAGAAGUUAAGUUUUUUUCAAGUCAUUGUUUAUAAUCUGCUGGAAAACAGUGGAUCGCUCUCUCCGGUGGGGAGUGAGUCUUUGCCCCAGGUGAAGGAGUUCAAGUAUCUCGGGGUCUUGUUCACGAGUGGUCCAGGCAUGCCCAACUGCCCAACCCAAAAAAAUGA